UUAGUUUUAUAAGGUAGAGUACUUUACGCGACGCUCGGGCAGUUGUGGAUUCCCUGCGGUGCGUCAUUCACUUUCAGUUUUGGGUUUCAGGUACCUGGUACAUAACUUUUCAGGGCGAUUCAGAACUGAAAUACGUGCUCAUAUUUGUAAACAAUCCUUUCAUUACCCUUGACUUCGAAGCAACAUGGUUGCUGGGUACCAACGGCUGAAUGAAAAGCAAUCGCAACCGAAUCCCCAUGUUGUUUUCAUCAAGCCUUUAGAGGGCCCAGACAAAGAGAUAGCUCAGGACUUUCUUGAGAGAAUAGCAGCACAAUGUCGUCCCAUUAUGCGAGAAAACCACCUGUACGUUACUUCGCUAGAGGAGUACGAGCCAAAUCGUGAAUUCGUUGGGCGGAAUUUUAAUGCAGGCGAAGUCGUUCAACUCGUGCUAAAGUCGCCUAGUACUGGCCGCUGGUUACCAUUCAACUAUGUGCAAAUGGUCAUGAUGCAUGAGCUGGCACAUUGCAAGCAAAUGAAUCAUUCAAGAGCAUUCUGGACCGUUCGAAACCUGUACGCUUCUCGGAUGCACGAGCUUUGGUCCAAAAACUAUACCGGAGACGGCCUCUGGGGAAGGGGUGCUAACCUUGCCACUGGUGAAUGGGAAAAGAAUAGCGUGCUGGCUGAUGAGGUUCUACCAGAGCAUCUUUGCGGAGGUACUUACAAAUCACGUCGCAAGAGACGGGUCAAGCCACAACUGUCUUACCAAGAGCGAAAGGAAAGGCGAAUCUUAAAGAAGUUUGGCAAAAAUGGGGUUGCUCUCGGUGCCGAUGAAGAAGAAAAGGUCAAGUUGGAGAGUGGCAGGAAGAUUCAAGCAAAACCUCGGGUUGCUGGAAGCAUGAGAGGACGCGAGCUCCGGGCGGCCGCGGCACUCGCUCGCUUCGAAAAGCAAAAGACAGAGCUCGAGACUCUCAAAGAUAAUGACGAGACAGAUUCCGGGAGUGGCAGCGAAUUUGAGGAUCAGCCUGGAGAAGAUUCUAGGGAUGCUGUCGAUGUGAAUGGUAAGAAACUACUUGAUGGACAAGGCCACGGCAUGGUCAAAGUCUGUGACGAUGAGGAUGGAGAUGAUCCUGGGGCCGAGGAUGAGUGUCGAGAGCUUCAAAGAAUGAUUAGGAGCAUCAAACGGGAGUCGCCUGAGCCGCAAAUUACAGAACCACCUCAAGAACCUAGGCCUCAGGUUCUCAACAACCAAUCACCGCCAACAGCGGUACCUGCUAGUACUGUCAAGGCAGAACCUGUCAGAGGAUCUAAACAGCUCAAGAUACCAACGGCAUCGGUAGCCAGUGCAACAGCCACGAUCGGGUCCCGAGUUUCGCCCCCUCGAGGUUCAGCUCAGCCAGUCGAAUCGACAAGCAACCAGGCACGCUCUGGCGGAACUUGCUCCAUGUGCUCUUACGACAAUUCUGGUUUAUCACUUACAUGUGCAAUGUGUGCAAAUGUAUUGGAUCCCUCAACAACAGGCUCGUGGCAGUGUUCAAGCGACGCGUGUAAAGCUACACAGUAUCGCAAUUCUGGCGAUUGUGGGGUCUGCGGGUUGUGUGGCCAAAGAAGAGCACAGGCUGUGUAAAAUCGCAGUAAAUCAACCCUUACUUAUUACGGGGUUCCGAGGAAAGAUUAUUUUUGAUGACAGAACUAGGUAUUGAGCAGUGCCAGACAUGACGACUCCUUUUGGCGACACCGAGAUGCAAAUACGUUGAAUGGUUUAUGUAGUAACGCCGCAGCACAGUAGCAGCAGAUUGAAGUCCUUGAUGGCAAUAAUGAUAAUGUUGGAGCAGUUCGCAUGCAAGGAAAUGUAUCGCUUGACAUUAUAGUAUCGAUGUUCCUGAAUCAGACAUGGUAUAAGCGUCGAGCCUCUUGUGUGAAGAACAGGAACUGGG